GCAAUCUCGUUACGUAGCGCUCGCCGGACACACGCUCCAUUCAUCCUUGCGUCUUUAUUUACCGGUGUACGCGACUGGCGUCGUGUUGUUGAAGUGGUCUACAGGCAGGCAUGUCAGGCUCAACUUCCCCGCCUCCUACGGCGGAGGCUGUGCGAACCGAGGGUUGUUUUCCCCCUGGAUACAAGCCUUUCAAACCCGAGGAGCACGGCCUGGAGCGCGGGUUCCGUCUCACAGCAUUCUCGGACAUGAAGGGAUGAGGCUGCAAGGUCCCGCAGGAGGCUCUGCUCAAACUCCUGGCGGGACUGGAGCCGGACCGGGCCGACGGGACAGGGAAGGCUGGAGACCAAACAUCGGAGUUCGGCCAACAGUUGCCCGGCCCCCGACUCGGUGUGGGGAUGGACUGCUGUGUGAUUCCCCUGAGGCAUGGAGGACUCUCACUGGUCCAGACCACAGACUUCUUCUACCCUCUUGUAGAGGACCCCUACAUGAUGGGCAGGAUAGCAUGUGCUAACGUCCUCAGUGAUCUCUACGCCAUGGGCAUCACAGAGUGUGACAACAUGCUGAUGCUGCUGAGUGUCAGCCAGAAGAUGAAUGACAAGGACCGUGAGCGGGUCAUGCCGCUGAUGAUUCAAGGGUUUCGAGACGCAGCAGAGGAGGGAGGGACUUCAGUGACAGGCGGCCAGACUGUGAUCAACCCCUGGAUCAUCGUAGGAGGAGUGGCAUCAGUGGUCUGCCAGCCCAACGAGUUCAUCAUGCCGGAUGGAGCUGUACCAGGCGACGUCUUGGUUCUCACUAAACCUCUGGGGACGCAGGUGGCUGUGAACGCUCACCAGUGGCUCGAUCAGCCUGAAAGGUGGAACAAGAUCAAGCUAGUUGUCACCAAAGAGGAAGUUAAAGAGGCCUAUCAGGAAGCCAUGUUCUCCAUGGCAACACUAAACCGCACAGCGGCAGGCCUAAUGCACAAGUUCCAGGCCCACGCUGCAACCGAUGUGACAGGUUUCGGAUUGCUGGGGCACGCCAACAACCUGGCAGCACAGCAACGGAACGAGGUGGCCUUUGUCAUCCACAACCUACCAAUCAUCGCCAAGAUGACUGCCAUCAGUAAAGCCUGUGGAAACGUGUUCAACCUGGUUCAGGGCACAUCAGCAGAGACUUCUGGUGGGCUGCUGGUGUGUCUGCCCAGAGAGCAGGCGGCCAAGUUUUGCUCAGAGAUGAAGAGCCAGAGCUCCACAGCUGGAGGUCAGGGGGCGGCGGGCGGAGCGUGGAUAAUCGGAAUCGUGGAGAAAGGCGACCGCCGCGCUCGCAUCAUCGACAAGCCCCGCAUCAUUGAGGUCCCACCACGAGGAAGCCAGGCGGCAAAUCAGGACAACAUCUCCACCAGCCCUGCUCCCAGCCCCAAUUUGUCAUAGACACUGCCGCUCCUCUGACACUGGUCCAGUGUGUGUGUGUGUGUGUGUGUGUGUGUGUGUGUGUGUGUGUGUGUGUGUGUGUGUGUGUGUGUGUGUGAAUGAGUGAGAGAGAGUUAGUGUGAGUGCUGAUGUUGCUGUCCAUCUCAUCCCCCUUUUCAGUCAAAAUGCUGAGGCACACCGACCAAAAUCACUGUCAACGUUUCCAGUGGGAGAGGGAAUGGACAGCAUCCACUUUAUUUAUCCAUCUUUGAAAGGAGCUGCUGAAAAAGGCCUUUCACCAUUUGGAAUGAAAUGUAAAUUCAGGGUAGUAUGGUUUACUAACCCCCACCCCCCUUUAUUAGAUCUGCACUCCUUGCCUUUGUAAUCCAUUUAUUUUAUUGACUUUAAUUUAUCUGAAUGCAAAAAAAAAAAAAAGUUUCUUGAAAAGAUUCUUGAGAAAACAUUCCAUGUUAAUUUUGCCAAAUUCAGCAAAUAAUGAAAAUUGAGUACAAGUUAAUGUGUAUGUGUGUGUGUGGGCUUUGAGUAUUUUAUCAUUUGACUGGAGUGCUUUGCUGUGGGGAAGUGGGGCAAAGUGGAUGAUGUCUCACGUUGGUGAAUGUAUCAUGUGAAAAAGAAACUGUUCAUUGGCCCCAGCACCUGGCUCUGCCCAUGCAGCCCAGAGGAAGGCUUGAGCAGCUUCCUCUGGACCGGCCGGGUGGUGUUCAGCGUGUUCGUUUGUGUCGGCUGAUCGGCUGUCCAGCACCGAGUCCCUCCCACCCUUCCUUUUUAUGAAGCUCUGCCUAUUAAACCCCGGCCAAUGGGGCCAGGUGGAGUGGAUGUUUGCCUUUGGAUUGGGGUUGGACUGAGAUUGCUGGAGGCCUAAAGCUGUGUUUGUAGAUUUCCUUUUCACAAUCAAUAAAACCAUCAUCAACUCAGA